AUGCUGCGUGUUUGUACAGCGCGAAGUGCGAGACUUUGUCUCAGCCCAACUUUAAGAACCGCAAUGCGGUCUUCGACCCCAGUUUUUGGAGGAGUGUCAUUUGUGCGGCUUAACUCGUCGAAAACACCGGAUGCGGCGGUCCCAAAUCUAGAAAUCCAGACACAUUUGCCGUCAUUUGACGAAACAGCUUCAUCGGCCGUCGACGCAGGGCUCUCGAUCACUGACCAGAUUCCUCAGAUAGUGGGCGAAGCAUCGAGUCACAUUGGUUACUUGAGCAGCAUAGGAAUGGCCAGAUCGUGGUGGUGGCCCCCAGAAUUGAUUCAAAAUGUGAUGGAACAGAUUCACGUAUAUUCUGGUAUGCCAUGGUGGGGCACAAUCGUUACAACGACCAUUCUGGUUCGUUUCCUCAUGUUCCCACUGUAUGUCAAGUCCUCUGAUACUAUGGCACGUAAUUCAAGAGUGAAGCCUGAGUUGGAUGCUAUCAAUGCAGAAUUGAUGGCUGCAACCGACAUGGUGGAGGGUCAAAGAGUGGCUAUAAAAAGGAAAAAACUGCUAGCAGAGAAUGGCAUCAAAAACAGAUAUCUGGCUGCUCCUAUUCUUCAAGUUCCUGUGGCUCUUGGGUUCUUUUCCGGUCUUAGACAAAUGGCCAAUUAUCCCGUGGACGGCUUUACCAACCAAGGCAUGGCGUGGUUUUCUGAUCUAUCAUUAGCAGACCCUUACCUUGGACUCCAAAUUAUCACUGCAUCUGUUUUCAUAUCCUUCACAAGACUCGGCGGUGAAACGGGCGCCCAGCAGUUUUCGCCAACAAUGAAGAACGUCUUCACAAUCCUUCCUCUACUGUCCAUUCCUGCAACUAUGAAUUUGGCGUCUGGUGUAGUACUCUACUUUGCAGUGAACGGUGCUUGCUCCGUUGUCCAGACGCUGAUUCUAAGGAACAAAUGGUUUAGAACCAAGCUUGAUAUUGCAGAAGUUGUUAGACACGCGCCAACUCCCGGUGCUCCCUCGAAGGGCAUUAUCGAAACAUUCAAAGAGAAUAUGGAGAAGGCUAGGUUGCAGGCUGAAAGGAGACAGACAAUGCAAGACAACGAGAAAAAGAUGCAGGAAGCUGCAAAAGAGUUAAAGGGCAACAAAGCCAUUAAGAUCGUACGCAGAAGCGACUUUCAAAAGGGCUCGAGAAAGUAG